AUGGGGGUCACGACGCGAUCCCGCCUCAACCGCAGGCGAGUCAACGCUCUGGUCUUCGUCACGGACAAGAUUGGCCCUGAAGUCCUCCCUUUCCUCAUACAAAACCCAGACCUCAACCUGCGAGUAAUAUCAGACACUCCCAAGGCCGAAUUCCAGCAGUAUAUGAGUUCUGGUAUCAGUCUCGACAAAGUACAAUGGUUCGACAACUCUCCACAAGAUCCCUAUCGAAAUCAAGCCAUGAUGCAGGGACAUAAAUUGGCAAGAUGGGCAGACCUCAUGUUCAUUGUGUUGGAUGCAGGCAUGAUUUCCAUGAUGUUGAGUGGCUUCACAACCGAUGUGAUCUUACAUACGCUCAGGUGCUGGGACGUAUCGAAAAGGAUUGCUCUUCUACCAGAGAUGAGCGUGGAUCAGUGGAAACACCCCAUGUGGAAGAAACAAUUAUCCAAACUCGAGCGCAAAUGGGAUUGGGUCCAUGUUCUCCGGCCUGCACUUUGGGAUUACGCUCAAGACCCUCACAACCACACUCAGCCAGGCCCUGACCCCUUGGGCGAAGAACUCGAGAUUGAAUGGCAAUGGGAUGGCCCGGAGGAGAUCAUUGAAGCCAUCGAUAGUGAAGCCCAAACCAUCUUCCGCUCGAUGCAUUCCAAGUUAUCCUCCGCUAUCCCACGCCUUUCGCCCGCGAACCCAGCCUGCUCCAAACCACGCCUCCCCGCCGAAAUAUGGACCAUCAUCCUGGACGCCUUAGGUGAUUGGGAAUUGGCCACCGCCCUAGGAAUCUACACCCACAUCCGCACACCGCACGAGUGGGAGACUCUCGUUCCAAAAUCGGGAUCCAAGAAGAUCCCGUCUCUUGAAUACACGAUCCUCACGCAGCCACUCUCCCAAAUAAAGGCCUACUUCACGAACAACACAUCAUCCCAGCUCUCCCCUAUAGCAACUCGGCUCAUCUUCCGUUUCAGCAUGACCGAUCUCCUAACCUACCUCGCUCUACAACAGAAAGAUAUUUUCUGGACGUCCUUUGGCCUCGCCCUCCUCCCACACAAGGCCUCACUGAUCUACAACUCACCCACCAUUCUGCAGUGGUGGCUCGACUGCCCGGCCGUCAUCAAGAAGGAGUACGGCCCCGAGGCCAUGGAUGGCGCAUCGCGUGCCGGCUUCGUCGAGGUUCUCGACUGGUGGCUCAACUCAGGCCUGAAACUGACGUACACGGAAAAAGCGCUCGAGUCGGCGUCGGCUAAGGGUCACGUCGAGGUUCUGGAAUGGUGGCGCAUCAAUUCCCUCAAGAUGGCCGGUACCGAGCACGAGAUGCCUCUGAAAGUAGGCAAGUCGAUUUUACUGGCCGCCCAGUCCGGCCGCGUCAACAGCAUCGAGUGGUGGGAAAACAGCCAGAUACCCUACGCGCACGAAGACGGCGUUGCAAGGCUCGCCUCGCAGCACGGCCAUGUCGCUGUCCUCGAGCUCUGGCAUAAGUACAAGGGCAGUAAGAUGAUUUUCGACAACCAGGUCCUGGUUGGUGCUACCAAAAACGGUCACGCGGGCGUGCUGCAGUGGUGGAAGGACGUCUCGCGCAAGACUGAUAUCAGAGUCGAGUAUAAGACCUGCGAUAUUGAGGAGGCUAUGGAGGAUGCUGUCGGUGGUGGCGGCGAGGGUGAGGUCAGGGAGUGGUGGGGAAGGAAUGGGUUGAAUCUAGGUGUUGGCACUGGCGAGUGGAUGAGGGUCAAGACAUUGUGA